GAUAAAAAGAAAUACCUGGACAACAUCCACAGCUACAUGGAGGUCCACGGCACCGUGCACGGCACCAGCACCGUGCACCUGCCCAGCUACGUCAAGAACCACGGCAUCCUGAGCGGCCGAGACCUGCAGUUCCUCCUCCGGGAAUCUAAGUUGUUUGUGGGUCUCUCCUUCCCCUACGAGGGUCCCGCCCCCCUGGAGGCCAUCGCCAACGGCUGCGCUUUCCUGAACCCCAAAUUCACGCCUGCGAAGAGCAGCAAGAACACAGACUUCUUCAAAGGCAAACCCACGCUGAGAGAGCUGACCUCCCAACAUCCGUACGCUGAGGUGUACGUCGGUCAGCCACACGUCUGGACGGUGGAUAUCGAAAACCCUGUCGAGGUGGAGAACGCCAUCCGCUCCAUCCUCAGCCAGAAGAUCGAGCCCUACCUGCCCUAUGAGUUCACCUGUGAGGGGAUGCUGCAGAGAGUCAAUGCCUUCAUCCAGAACCAGGACUUCUGCCACGGCCAGGUGAUGUGGCCCCCCCUCAGCGCGCUGCAGGUGAAGCUGGCAGAGCCGGGUCGAUCCUGUAAGCAGGUCUGUCAGGAGGAGCAGCUCAUCUGUGAGCCCUCCUUCUUCCAGCACCUCAACAAGGACACGGACCUCGCCAGGUUCGGGUUGGACUGUCAGACGGUGGAGUCGAGUGCGGACACGUUGGUCCCGGCGUACGGCAAGACGCGGCGUCACUGCAUCUUCCAGUCCGACCUGCUGCUGUUCAGCUGCGCCGGCUCUCACAGCUCGCUGCACCGCAUCUGCCCCUGCCGCGACUACAUGAAGGGCCAGGUGGCGCUGUGCAAAACAUGCCUAUAGCACCAACACACACUCUGACGGAGGGGGAGAGGGGGCAGCUUGUGAGUGUGUGUGUUUGAAACAUCCAUCAAACACACACACCAGACUUUUAUUUUGUGGGAAGCUGAACAUUCAUCAUAUUUAUUGUUUCCCGCGCUGCUGGGGGCGAAGCAGCUGAUUCCCCGAGUCCUGGAGGAGGCGCUGUGAAAAUACUUGAAUCAAGAAAGGGAGUUUUAUUACUGCUCCUCUGCAGACGGCUCAUAUCAAAGACUGCUGCCUGUCUGUCUGCAGCGAGGACGCUCCAGCCCCUCCAUAAACCCCCCAAACUCUUUACUCUUUAGGUAGGUUUGCACUGGACAGCAUGCCUGAAGGCCCAAAUCCCCUCCACACACACAUUUACACACACACACUGACAUGGGGAGGCUAACAGACGGCGGCUAAAGAAGAACCAGUUUUACACUGUAACCUCUCUUCUGGAAAAACACGUGAUUUAUUGUAGAUAUCUAGAUUUUUAUCCUGGAGGUUUUAUUUCCUGACGCUUACCCCAAGACUUAAAAGAAGUCCUCAUAUCCCCCUAUAGACAGGAAAGUGUGUGUCAGCUAGGGCUGGGCGACAAUAUUGUUGGGUUGCUUUCACAGAAUGAAUGACUAGGUAAAUAAUAGAACAGCCUCAAUCACAAAUGUGCAUCAUCUUAGCCUUUGAAACCAGGACAAGACAAUAGUUGGUCUAUAUCUCGAUAAAACAUGGAUGUAUCGCCCAGCCCGAGGGUCUGACACAGGCGCGGUCGCUCCCUCAAUUCGAAUAGUCUCAUUUCAUUUGCACACUUGUUUUAAAGGAUAUCGUUUUAUUUAAAAGUGUGUGUGUGCUUCUAAGAGGCCAGUAAUAUUUCAGCACAUCAUGCGGUACUACACACACACACACCGAGGGAUGGAGAUUCUCUAGAGCGGAAGCUGACGUGUUUAUGGUGUUUUGUCGUAGACGAGGAAUCAACCAAAUGUUUAACAAGCACUCCACAACUUGCAGAGGAAUCUGUCAGUGUCUAAAUGUGCAACAGCAGAGCCAGGCUCAUCUCCAUCUUCCUGUGAAAUCCAAAAACACGCAAAAACCUCGCAUCUCCUCGUUUGUGUUCGCUAGGAUCCCAAUUCGCCUUGUGCAGAUUUGCGAAGAAAAAAAUUAAGAUAGAAGUCCAAAUUGGUAGUUGUUGUGGUGAAUGGAAACAUGCACUACGGUAGUCUAUUGGCAGAGGUUUAGCGAGAUAUUAGUAACACUGUAUAUUGUUCAUAUGAGUUUGCUUUUUUAUUUAUUUUGUAUACAGAUCUUUAUCGCUGUGUUUUGCUGGAAAUCUCAGUUUUUUUUAUUUAUAGGAGGAGGGUGACGUUCUUUUUUCUUUUUAUAGUUUUAUUUAUGGAGAGUAAUUUAAAAGUAAAGCUUGCUUAUCUGCAAGUAUGUUCGAGAGGAGGGGGGCUUUGUCCGCUGCUGCUCAGAUUUAAAACUAAUUUCUUUUACAUUUUCUAUACAAACACAAAUUCAACAUCAUUGAUUUUGUGUUUUAUAGAAAAUGUUUAUGAUAUUUUAUUCUUUAAAGCUCUAAAAACUUGCAUUAGGAUUGGUUCUAAAUCCAAGUCUAACAUGGGGCUGAAAAACAUUAUUGCGAUAUAUAUAUUAGGAUCUGAACCAAACUUAGAUUUUUGAUGAAGUCUGUUUAAAACCAGGACAAAACCAUAAAACUACAAUCAGAUUCUUUGACUUUACAGAGUAUUGCACUUACUGCGAGUUAGCAAGCAUGUGUAUUAAGCUGGCCUGCAGUGGACACGCGCUCCUCGUUGUAUCGUGACGGCAGCCUCACACAAUUUGUGCUUUGAUUUCCAAUCUCAGUUGUUCUCGUUUGCACACGAGUGGAUUCAGUCCGUGUGCGCUCGGACUGAAUCCACUUCUUUCUUUUUUUUACUUUUAUAAACAAUGAUCUGCCCGCCAACUUUUCAAAGAACAUGACGUGCCUUUUCAUGCUUCAGUUUCCGGUUGAUGAUCAGCGGCUGUCUGAAAAAGAAAACACACUCGUGACGCCGCCUUCACUCCCACACCUCCACACAUUUUCUUUCUCCUGAAUCACUUUUAUUGUUCACUUUGAAUCACUUUGUAUCUAAUAUUAAUAUAUUACUGGUCAAAUCACUCCAUUGAAUCAGCCCAAACCUUGUGAUUAGUUAGUUGCUGGAAAAGUAAACACCUAUUAAGCUUAGAGAACAUUCAAGCCUGUCAGUGGAUUGACUUGUUUGACAGUAAUCAGAUGACAUGACAGUUAUUAGAAACAUCCAUCUGUUGGAUUCCCUUUUUCCUAUUUACAUGACCAUGCAUAAACUAGUGAGUAAUCAGAUUACUGCAGCAGGUGUUUUAUCUUAAACCGAUCACUUUAUGCACGUGACUUCCUUCAGAUAACAACGGUGAUGUUAUCCUUUCAUUUACAGGAUAAAGCUUAAUAUAUUCUACACUUUACUUACUGUCAACAAAUCCAUGUUAUGGACCAAAACCAGCUCUGUCUGUGGGUCUGCUGACAAUAAGAGAAUAUAAGCAGAGUAUAUAUUGUAUUUGAUAGAGUAAGGAUGGUUGAAUUCAGUACUAUGAGUUGAAAUCAAUGGUUUUAGUUAUUUGUCCAAUAAAAAAGCAAGAAAAGCCGGGUACACGUUUGUCGUUGCAGCCUUAUUUACUUCCUGUUAUUCAAAGCAUGCUGUUAUUGAUCAGAUUAUCAAUGAGAACAAACUGGUUUCUUCACCAUAUCUGUCUUUGUUAACCUUGGCAUUGAAUGUCUCCAUUGUAAACAAACAAACACGCUAUGUAAAGUCAAACGGACAUUUAUCAAUCUUUGCUUAAGAAUCUGUGAUGAUUGUGGUCCAAGCAGCGAACGGAGAAUAAUUCAAUGACACAUUUUUUUGUUUUGUUUCAACAGUCUUGACGAGUAAGAGGGAUAUAACUUUAUUUUUAAUAAACCUUUUUUCUGUGACAAAAGG